AUGGCCGAAAGACGAGGUGCUGCCGCCGCAGAAACGCCAGAUAUCCCUGACAACGCCGUUGUCACAAGACCUGUCAUCAUCAAUCCCACCCACGGAGUCGUCAUCACUAAGGGCAAACUCGACCCGUCCGUCUUCUCGAACCUCCCCUUCCGCUUCGACACCGGCAUCGCCCUCUUUGCGAAGCGCACCCCGCGCCCGUUUCCCCCGCCGUAUCUCUCCCCGCCGUCGGGUUCGUUCAGCGACCCGCUCAGCACACACGACCGGAGCAGGGACCGACGCAGGGCGUAUGUCGAUGGCCACCUGAUACAGGGGUAUACCAACGGCGAUGACGCCGUGUUCGCGAGCGACUACUUCAUCUGCGCUAAUGACGGCGUGGGCGCGUGGAGUGCGCGACCGAGGGGCCAUGCUGGGCUAUGGGCGCGGCUAAUCCUCCACUUCUGGGCAACCGCCGUGUUCGAAGACGCCGCCCGCCAGGGUGCCUCUUACCGGCCCGACCCGGUCGGCGACCUGCAGCGCGCAUACGAGCAGACCAUUGAGGCGACGGGCCCGCCCAACGACUGGCAGGGCACGACGACAGUAGCCGGCGCGCAGCUGCACUACCGCCGCGUCACCAAAUUCCCAACCCCCAACAACAACCCCGCCAACGACCCAGACCCAAACGAACAGCGCAACAUCGACACCGACGCCGACGCGUUCGAACCCAUCCUCCACGUCACGAACCUCGGGGACUCCCAAGUAAUGGUCAUCCGCCCCUCCACACGACAAACGGUGUACAAAUCCACAGAACAGUGGCACUGGUUUGACUGCCCGCGGCAGCUGGGCACCAACAGCCCGGACACGCCGCGCGGGAGCGCCGUCGUCGAUGAGGUCGCCCUGCGCGAGGGCGACGUCGUCCUCGCCAUGUCGGAUGGGGUCAUUGAUAACCUAUGGGCGCAUGAGAUUGUGGCGACGGUGUGUGAUGCGCUGGAGAGGUGGAGGGCUGGUGGGGGGCACAGCGCGCCGUCCGCUGCUGGUGCUGGUGGGGAUGGGGCUGUUGCGACGCCGGGGGUGGGGUUGCCUGGUGAUGGUGAUGAUAGUGGUAUGGGUUUCGUGGCUGAGGAGUUGAAGGAGGCGGCAAGGGUCAUUGCGGUGGAUCCGUUUGCUGAGAGCCCCUUUAUGGAACAUGCCAUUGAGGAGGGGCUGGCUAGUGGCGGCGGCAAACUGGACGAUAUUAGCGUCGUGGCUGCGAUUUGUAAGAGGAAUGGCUCGGGGUAA